AUGGGAAAUGUUGACACUAAACUCAAUUUUCGUAAAGCUGUUGUGCAGCUGACAUCUAAAACACAAGUAAUUGAUGUCGGCGAUGAUGACUUCUGGGAUCAAUUUUGGUCAGAAAACGUCUCAAAUGUCCAAGACGUGUUUACAUUGAUACCCGCAACAGAAAUACGUACUUUGCGUGAAGAAUCUCCUUCAAAUUUAGCGACACUAUGUUACAAAGCAGUGGAAAAAUUAGUAAAAGCGGUAGAUUCAAGCUGCCGAACACAGCGGGACCAAACGACGGUAUUGAACUGCUGCCGAUUGUUAACAAGACUGCUGCCAUACAUCUUCGAGGACCCAGACUGGAAAGGGUUCUUCUGGUCGAGUCUCCCUGGAAAGGACCCGGAGGAAGAAAGCAUACCUUUAGCUCACUCGCUACUAAACGCGAUAAACGACCUGCUGUUCUGCCCGGACUUCACAGUGGUCUCAGGCCGCAAGUCAGGUCCAGAGAAAGCCGAAGACCUGGCGUCUAUAGACAGCUGCGAGUACAUCUGGGAGGCGGGUGUUGGGUUCGCGCACUCGCCACCGAGGUACCCUCACUUGGACUCCAACAGAACGGAGCUGUUGAAGCUGCUGCUGACCUGCUUCAGCGAGACCAUGUACAACCCACCAAACGACUCGGCUUUUGUUCCGAACAAGUGGAUCCAGUAUCUGACCAGCACUGAGAAUCACCACGCGCUGCCUAUGUUCACCUCUCUUUUGAACACAGUCUGCGCUUACAACCCCGUGGGACUCGGGGUUCCUUAUAAUCACUUGCUGUUUACAGACUCUCUCGAACCACUUGUUGAUGUUUCCUUGCAAAUUUUAAUUGUCACGCUGGACCACGAUGUCAGUGGUGGAGCUGCUGCUUGCGAGGAUCCUUCAGAUGUACUCGAAGUUUUGGUGCCUAUUUUAUAUCACCUCAAUGACUCGAGAGCUGAUCAGUCUCGAGUUGGACUAAUGCAUAUCGGAGUAUUUAUUUUGCUUCUACUGAGCGGAGAAAGAAAUUUCGGAGUAAGAUUGAACAAACCAUACACUGCAACAGUGCCAAUGGACAUUCCAGUGUUCACCGGAACGCACGCGGACCUGCUGGUGACAGUAUUCCACAAAAUAAUAACAACAGGUCACCAAAGACUGCAGCCCCUGUUCGACUGCUUGCUGACAAUCCUGGUGAACGUAUCGCCGUACUUAAAAACUCUCUCAAUGGUAGCGAGCACCAAGCUUCUGCACUUACUGGAAGCAUUCAGCACACCCUGGUUCUUGUUCUCGGCACCGACGAACCACCACCUAGUAUUUUUCCUCCUAGAAAUUUUCAACAACAUCAUACAGUACCAGUUCGACGGGAACAGCAACCUCGUGUACACAAUUAUCCGCAAGCGACAAGUGUUCCAUGCCUUAGCGAACCUCCCCAGCGACUGCAGCACCAUCGCCAAGUCGCUGAGCAAGAAGCAGCGCAAGCAAAUCCCCUUGACCAGCACCUCUACGGACAAUGUCAGUGAAAUUGUCAUGGAAGGCUCUCAUCCAGCGCAGCCCGCUGAACCUGGAACUCUCAACGCCACGCUGCUUGAAACUCCGGGGAUUGAGAAGAUGACUGAAAAAGAAUCCGCUCAUCCUCUCAGUCCCGCUAUUUCUGACGUUGAUGUCAGCAAAGCAGCCAAUGGAAAAGAUCAAGUUUCUUCUCCUGAUCAAUCCAAGAAGUCUAUAGUCCAAGUUAGUUUUUUUUUUUUUUUUUUAAGAAAUGACCUUGUAUCUUUCGAACUAUUGACAUUUUUAAAGAUAUAAGCUCAUCCUGAUGUUACACUCAUCAAGACCUUUCAUUUGAAUACCCACAUCAAUUUUUCAUAUUAUAUAUAUCUAUCUAUAUGAAAAAUAUAUCAAAAAUGCAUGUAGGUACUCAAAUGAAAGCUCUUGAUGAGUGUAACAUCAGGAUGAGCUUAUAUCUUCAUAAAUGUCAAUAUUUAAGAAAGUACAGUGCAAUUUAACAUUAUUUAACAAAGCAAAAUUUUAUUUAUUUAUUAAAUGCUAGAAAAUAAUAAUUUUUUUUUUUGACAGAGAGGAAGUAUCAGAGUAAGCGAAGAAAGAACGAGUACACCUAAUCAAUGGGUCCCUUCUGCGGAUUGGGUGUAUCAAUGGAAAACUAAACUUCCUCUUCAGACAAUCAUGCGGUUGUUGCAAGUACUAGUACCCCAAGUUGAAAAAAUUUGUAUUGACAAGGGUCUGACGGAUGAAAGUGAAAUCCUAAAGUUCUUGCAACACGGCACUCUAGUCGGACUGCUGCCAGUCCCACACCCGAUUUUAAUCCGCAGGUAUCAAGCUAACGCAGGUACCACCGCGUGGUUCCGUACUUACAUGUGGGGAGUAAUUUACCUAAGAAAUGUCGAGCCGCCUAUUUGGUACGACACCGACGUGAAGCUCUUCGAAAUCCAACGGGUCUAA